GGUAAGGAGUCGUCUAUUUAGUACAACAUCUAAGUUUCUUUCUAUAUACUUUACAUUUAACAUUCUCGAUUAUAGCUAUCGCCACUGAUAUGACGUGGCAGCAUUAUCAAACUUCAGCUAACACGGAACUCCAUAGGCAAUUACGAAGCAGAUGAGGAGGGAAUAAAACCCAGGCCAUCUUCUCCUAAUGCAGGACGUUUUCCUGUUCGAAUCAAACGUCCCGAUUCAACAGUUAGCGAAAAAAUGGCAGAGCCAAGAGUCAGUCAAAUGAGCCUCUCGAUGAUGACAAGCGACCAGGAGCUUUCGGAUUGGGAAGCUUAUGACCUCUACAACUCAACAUGGGUGCCCGAGAUCACGAAAGUUCCCGUGCACUGGAUCGACCACAUUUUAGAGACAUCCAUAACUGCGCGAGAUCAAGUGCUCCAACCACGCAAGUCAAGUUCUGAUGACAAGACUAAGGAAAGGCUUCGCAAAGAAACUGCGGUAUAUGUUUUUGUCCCCGACAAGAACGACAACAACAAGCCGUGGCCGAGAAAGCGCUAUCUCGACCUCGAGACCGCCCUCAGAGAUCUGUGCGCCCGGUUCAAGCCGCACUACUCCAGCGUUGCAGCGUUCACUCCCGAGACUCGCAAAAUCCAACUCUUCCCGCCAACGUUCGGUAUGCCAGAGAACAGAUGUCUUAUCCCGGGGACCAUCUUCUUUGAUAUACAGGACGCGGUGGACAACUGGUACGCCAAGUCGCCAAUGGAAGCACCGUGCGGAGAAGAGAACGGAACAGAGGCGGCAACGGCUACUACGGAGGACCUCAGCUCGCUCAACCAGCCGGAGAUAGACCUGAUGAACGGAUAUGGAGAAAUCCUCUCAUAUGACUCGGACAGCAUGGACGUGGCAUUAUCCAUUAGCGAUUGUGACCUACCGGAACCCAAGAUGCCGGGUUUCGCCGCGUCCAAGCUAGGAAGCUCGGAAGAGUCGUUGAUGACGGACGAUUACGAUAUGGAUAUAGCAUCGAGGUUGGGAUUUAUCCCCUAAGCGGACAUUCGCCGAGUUCGACCAGGCGCACUUUGUGCGAUGGGAUAUUGUUUACACGUCUUAGCCCCCCUUAAUUCCCCUUUUUUUUUUGGAGGAGUCUUAAUGUAUGGAAUAGGUUAAAUCAGACACUCGCUUAUUACUACUGCUAAUGAAAAAUGACAUGAGUUGUUUUAUGCAGAUUAAAAUAGGUCGGGAUAUUACAGAAUGGAAAAAAAAUUGUCUGGCCAAAUUUCU